AUGGAGAAAACAAAAUAGGACAAUAGUAAAAAACGUAGGAUUGUAGCUGACACUACAUUUGAGUUUUCUGCGAGUGAUGAUGAAUCAAGUGGUGAUGAGGGCAUUAUGCUUUAAAAGUCUUACUCUGUGCCUAUAGAGGAUAUUGUAAAGAGCCCCACUUAGAGAACUCUAGAUAGAAACUAAACAUUAAAAGAUAAUCCAAGAAUUAGUCGAAAUAGAAAUCUUGCAAUGAAAAUUCCAGGAGGGAGAUACUCUGUUAUGAAUGAAAAUGGAAAUUACUUAGCAAGUUAAUUAACAAAAUAAAAUAAAGAGAGUCCAUUCUCUCUUGAAAACCCAUAAAUUCCUACAAUAUAAGAUAAUCAAAGGAGAUAAUAUGAGAUCCAUAGGUUUUAAAUAAGACUUAAUGGUCUUAAUAAAAUAUUAGAGGUAACAGAAAGUACAAUUGGAGAGAAAUUGCUAUCAGGAAGCAUUAAGAAUGUCUUGACUGAUGACUUAGUCAUAUAGUUUUUCUUAAAAGAUUAGGACUUAAUUUACUAUGACAAUGCAUAACAAAUUAUCAAAAUUAUUCUUGAAGGGAAUCAUUUAGUCUUUAUGAUUGAUGAAAAGAAAUUCUUUAUGCAUUUCCUAAGUAAAAUGUCUAACCUAGUAAAAAUGAAACUCAACUUAGCUGAAUUCGAUAGUUUUAAUGAUAAACUUUAAAUCGCUAGAAAUAAAACUCUUGUGAAAAGAAAGAAGGAGAAUGAUCAGAUAUCUAGUUAGACUAGUGAUGAGUUUGAUGUUUAUACUCAAUAAAAAAUCAAUUGGAGAACUAAACGUUUUGAUAAAAAAAUGAUGUUUGAGCCUUCAGGUAAAAUACAGCUUAUUGGAUAUUCAGAGGAAUACCAGAAAGAAUUUUAUAUUAACUGGGUUCAUCAGAUUUUAGUUAACAGUUCAAGCACAAACAGCAAUAUUCAAGUUACUUUCACAUUCAAGGUAAUAUUUAACUAGCUUAAAACUUAAUAGGACGAGACCCCCCAUAUUGAAGUAUAUUUUAGCCGAACUUAGGACUGUCAAAAAUUUUUGAAUUUAGCUUAAGAGAAAAUUAAGUUAGAAAAAGAGUAAAGAAGAGAGCUUUUUAUAAUAAAGUAGAGUUUGAACACAAAAAGAAAAAGUCGAUUAAAUAAGCAGUAUUCAUGGUUUAUGGAUCUAAGUGAUGACAAAGAAAAGUUCACAGCUGUUCAAAUUGAUAAGAAUGAUGAAUUCAAGUUUCUAAUGAUUGAAGAAGAUAAAAAAAGAGAGGAGGAUGUAGAAUACAUCUCUGAAAAUGAAAUCCAGUUCAAAGUUAUCCUUACUGAGAUGAAUACAGACAGAUAAAGAUAAAUCAUGUUGAAGUGCAACAACUUAAGUGGAGUAAUCUUGCUUACAUUUAGUUCAGUUUACAAAAUCUUGCAAUUCAUUGAGCUUCUUAACUUAUACUCUUUUCAGCAUCUUCAAAUGAGCAUGAAUCAGCAAAUGAUGCAAUCUAAUGACCUAUUCGAAGAUUCAAAGUUAGAGGAUAUCAUUUUUAAAACUAAACUUUAAAUCCUUGAGACACCAAGAAAGCUCAGAGUACUCUCGUUAACUUUUAACAUGGCAAGAAAAGCUUAAAAGCUUUCAUAUGACUAACUUUUUCAAUAGCCUUAUAGCUAUGAUAUGAUAGUUAUAGGUGGUCAAGAGACUAAAAUGACACAUAAGACAUCAUUAAUCAUAGAGCUAGCAAACUAUUUAGGACAGUUUAGCUUUAUGAAUAUUACUUCAGUCCAAAUGUGGGAGAUGUUUCUUGUAGCAUUUGUAAAAACAGAUCAUCUACCUCAUUUAAAGUACAAAUAAAGCAGCUACAGAGCAGCUGGUAUUGGAAAUAUACUUGGAAACAAAGGAGGGCUUUAGAUAUCCUUCAAGCUAUAUGACUACUUGUUUAACUUUAUAAAUGUACAUCUUGUUCAUGGAGAGAAAAGAUAUGAGAAGAGAAAUGAGAUGAUGAGUGAUCUUAUUAGAAAAAUGAGGAAUUAAAGGGAAGAGUUAGAUCCUGACAUAAUCUCUGACUUUUCAUUUAUAAUUGGUGACCUAAACUACCGAUUAGAAUCAACAUUUGAAGAUCUUGCUCCAUAGAUUGACAAGGUAAUAUAGUUGAGAAAAUCUUUGGACUAAUUUGAAAAAGCCAGAUUAUAAGACAGAUAUACAGAAUAUACAGAGUAUGACAUAAAUUUUAUGCCUACCUACAAGAGGAAUAGAUUUGAUUAAGGAUAUUUUAACAAAAAGAACCAAUCUCCUUCUUAUACAGAUAGGAUUUUGAUUAAAAACAACACAAACUAGCAAGUUAAGCUAGUUAAAUAUGAUACUUUAGAAAAUGUUUUUGGAAGUGAUCAUAGGCCUAUCAUUUUAGAUUUGGAACUUAAUUUGAAACCUGUGAGAUUCUUAAAUUUAACAAAGCUUAGAGAUAAAAGUAUGUAAACAUCAUAAGGUUUAGGAAUCAUAAAGUUUAAUCAUUUGAACUUGAAAAAUAUAAAGCAUUUACUUAUAGAAAAUUUCUUAAAAAGAAAGCUUGUGUUCCCUUCACAUCUUUAGAUAUCGUUUUAUGCAGAUUAUUUGGAAUCUUUUUCAUCCAGCUCAGAAUUCAGUUUACCAAACAUAACCGCUCUGUACACUAAUAUAACUUGGAGUAACCAAGAGUUACCGUAGCUAUACACUCCAAUUAAUGAUUUAGAAAUUAUUAAGGACAAAAGACUGAUGAUUUUGAUUUGGAUAACUAAUGAAACUUGCAAUCAAGAAGUCAUUGGAUAAAUUAACAUAAGACUUGAUUAAUUACAAUAAUGGUCAUUAAAUUCUUUAAAAACAGAGAUAAAAGAUUCACCCGUUAUUAUUGCUAAUACAUAGAUCGGUCAAAUGGACUGUGAUUUUAGUUUUGAAGUUGUUUAAAACCUUAGUUAAAGAAGGUAAUCAAGAAGUGAAAAUUCUAAAAAAUCUAGGAAAAAAAAUUAUAUCAAAAUGCAAAGAGAUCAUAGUGCUUGA